AUGGACAGACUUUAUGUCGACAUAAUGCACGAGAACAAAAUCUACCACAGCGUCAACACGCUAGAACACAACACGCUACAACACAAUACGCUAGAACACAACAUGCUAAAACACAACACGCUAGAACACAACACGUUAGCACACAACACGCUACACCACAACACGCUAGAACACAACACGCUAGAACACAACACGCUACAGCACAACACGCUACAGGACAACACGCUACAACACAACACGCUAGAACACAACACGCUAGAACACAACAAGUUAGCACACAACACGCUACACCACAACACGCUAGAGCACAACACGCUAGACCACAACACGCUAAAACACAACACGCUAGAACACAACACGCUAGAACACAACACGCUCGCACACUACAAGUUAGCACACAACACGCUACACCACAACACGCUAGAACACAACACGCUAGAACACUACAAGUUAGCAGACAACACGCUAGAGCAGAACACGCUAGAACACAACACGCUACAGCACAACCCGCUACAACACAACACGCUAGAACACAACACGCUAGAACACUACACAGCACAACACGCAGAACACAACACGCUACAGCACAACACGCUACACCACAACACGCUAGAACACAACACGCUAGAACACUACACGUUAGCACACAACACGCUAGAACACAACACGCUAGAACACAACACUCUAGAACACUACAAGUUAGCACACAACACGCUACCCCACAACACGCUAGAGCACAACACGCUAGACCACAACCAGCUAAAACACAACACGCUAGAACACAACACGCAAGAACACAACCCGCUAGAACACUACAAGUUAGCACACAACACGCUACCCCACAACACGCUAGAGCACAACACGCUAGACCACAACACGCUAAAACACAACACGCUAGAACACAACACGCUAGAACACAACACGCUAGAACACAACACUCUAGAACACAACACGCUAGAACACAACACGCUAGAACACUACACGUUAGCACACAACACGCUAGAACACAACACGCUAGAACACAACAAGUUAGCACACAACACGCUACACCACAACACGCUAGAACACAACACGCUAGAACACAACACACUAGAACACUACAAGUUAGCACACAACACGCUAGAGCACAACCCGCUAGAACACAACACGCUACAGCACAACACGCUACACCACAACACGCUAGAACACAACACGCUAGAACACUACACGUUAGCACACAACACGCUAGAACACAACACGCUAGAACACUACACGUUAGCACACAACACGCUAGAACACAACACGCUACAGCACAACACGCUACACCACAACACGCUAGAACACAACACGCUAGAACACUACACGUUAGCACACAACACGCUAGAACACAACACGCUAGAACACAACACUCUAGAACACUACAAGUUAGCACACAACACGCUAGAACACAACACGCUAGAACACAACACUCUAGAACACAACACGCUAGAACACAACACGCUAGAACACUACAAGUUAGCACAAAACACGCUAGAGCACAACACGCUAGAACACAACACGCUACAGCACAACCCGCUACAACACAACACGCUAGAACACAACACGCUAGCACACAACACGUUAGCACACAACACGCUACACCACAACACGCUAGAGCACAAUACGCUAGACCACAACACUCUACAACACAACACGCUUCAACACAACACGCUUAAACACAACACGCUAGAACACAACACUGCUGCCAUGCCGAAAACCUCAGUACAGCAUUCCUCACGGUCACAUCGUACUGACAACGGGUGA